AUGAGUGCCGACGUCGCCGCCCCGUCGUCGGUGCCGUUCUCGGACGGACUGAGUCGCAUUGACCGGACCGGCGACAACUCUGGAUUUGCCUUCACCGCCCUCGAUCUCGUCGACAAAGGCAUCGCGUCGCUGGACCCGAUCCGAGCAUUCCCCCACGUCAUGUUCGUCAACGUGUCCAAGAACAAUCUAACGGACGUCACGGACGCGUUGGCGGCGCUCGACUACCUCGUCAGCGUCAACUUGUCGGAGAACCACCUCGCGACCUUUCCCAAGUUCAAACACGCUUUUCUCAAGGACGUCGACCUGUCCAAGAACCAGCUCACGACCCUCGAGGAUGCCGAGGGCCACAGCAUUGUGUCGCUCAAGCUGAACGGCAACCAGCUCUCAGCCAUGGAUGGGCUGGCCAACCUGCCUGCGCUCAAGUCGGUGGAGCUUGCGCGAAACAACAUCGCCGCCAUCUCGUUGCCGACCGACAUGCCCAACGUCGACCACCUCGUCCUCAGCGAAAACAAACUCACGACGCUCGCCGGCCUCGAAGCGUUUCCGAACAUUGCGUCGCUCAGCAUCGACCUGAACCAACUGGCCACACUCGACGUCCUGACGACGCUGCAGCAGUUCCAGUUCCUCACCGACGUCGACCUCACAGGCAAUGCCGUGACCGAGCUCGAGUCGUACAGACUGGACAUGCUUUUGCUCCUUCCACGGAUAAAGAAACUUGACGGGAUCUUCAUCACGGACGACGAGCGCGUCCAGGCGAUCGCGCUCAAAAAGCAGCGAGACGCCGCCGCCGCCGCCGAGGACGACGCCACAGGGUAG